AUGGGCGCCUCAGGGCUGUCCCAAGAGCAGUCCGAUGCAUCCGCACCCGGCUUCUUCCAGGUGAUCUCCCUGGGCGAUGCCAGCAGCAGUGCCCAGCAGACACGUGACUACAAACGGCGACGCACCCACAAGAAGUCACGGGGCGGCUGUUCCGCCUGCAAGCUGAAGCGGGUCAAGUGUGACCAGGCCCUGCCGACGUGUCUGCGCUGUCGACGCAACCAGCGCGAGUGCGUGUAUGAGCAUCCGAAGACGGGUCCGGAUGGCGAGCCGGCAGGCUCUGUGGUCGGACAGACGUCAACUGCACUCGUCCAGCGGCCAUUGCAGGCUAGCCGACCAGAAAGAGGGACGACGACGAUGACGAUGACGAAAGCCGUCCGAUUGGACGCCAUCUCGGCCACUUCCCGUCCCAAUUUCCGCACGCUCUGCGACCAGCCGUUUCCCGACAGCGACCAGGAACUGGGCACGUCUUCGGCCGCGCUUCUGCACCACUUUGAGACGGUUGGCCGUAUUGCCGUCUUUGACAUGCCCGAUUUUGUGCGGUCUAUUCUGCCGCUGGCCGUGCGCCACUCCCACCUGCGCGGCACCGUUAUCUCCGUGGCGGCCUCGCAUCUGUGCCACUGGGCCCCCGGCAGCCGUGAGAACCGGAUAGCCUUGCUCUACCAGCAGAAUAUGGCCAUGCAGGCGUAUCGCCAGGCCCUGUCGAUGCCGCUGGCCGAGCAGGGCCAGGCCGCCAUUGACGCGCUGCUGAUCACGGCCAUGAUCAUCAACAUGCUCGCCUUUAUCGUGCCCACGGACGAGUCGGACGUCGUGAUGGAGUGGCACGGGGCAAGCAAGAACGGUCACCAGGGCUGGCUGGGCCGCAGCCCGAGCGCCAACCUGGACAUUGAUCCCCGUCGGUCGUGGGUCUUUAGCACGCAGCCCAACCGGCUCGUCUGGCUCGCCGUGGCCAUGGGCCUGGCCCCGCUGAUCGAGGCCACGGCUCCGUGGCGCACAAACAGCUCGCUGCGCGACCUCUUUGCCAACAGCGACGACGAGCGGCGCAUCCUGUCGGGAACCUGGCAGAGCGUUCACCGCGUGCCGCAGGCCUGGCUCGACCUCUUUGGCAUCGACCGCCGCAUCAAGCGACCUCUGCGCGUCUUGGCCGAGCUGUGGACGCUGCCGGCCAACGGACGGACGGUGCUGCUCUACUUUCAGUUUCUCAGCCAGCUGACGCCCGAGAUCCGCCAUCUCCUCUUUGUGCGCGACCACAAGACCCUCUGGCUCUUCGGCAUGUGGAUGGGGCUGCUGUGUCGUCUCGUCGACGUCUGGUGGGUGCCGCGACGCGCCCGCUGCGACUUUCGCGCCAUCCGCCUCUGGCUCGACCUUGCCGGCGUCCAUCGUCGGCCCGGUCCCGACGGACCGCUCUGGCGCCAGUUGCUGCACGACCUCGACCGCACGUGGCAGUACGACUUUGCCGGCGACACAAUGGUACAGCAGAUGCGCUACUCCUUUCAGCAUAUGCCUUCCGUCUAG